AUGCCCUUUGCGUCUGCCGCGUUUGCGGCGUGCGCAAAGGCUGCCUUCAUUCCGAAGAAGGCUGCACUGCCGCUCACUUUGAAGGUGUACCACCUUGCGUGGCUGGAGCACGUGGUGAAUAACAUUGUGUCCGACAGCAUCAUGUAUUGGGAGCAGAGGAUGGGCCGCCUCUCUAACUUGGCCGGGGGGAACGGCCACGUCGUGAACGGGCUCAAGGUGCUUGUGAAGGGCUCUAUUUCACAGGCCAUCCAUCACUUCAAUCCCGAGUACGACGACGAGAAGGAGGAAUGGAUUUGGGGACGCCAUGGCCUCCGCCUUUCUGCUUGUGGUCUUGAGAACAUGAAGCCUAAUGCUGGCGCUAGCGGCAGAGACGGCGCCGGGAAUGAUGUGCAGUCGGUGUCACUCGGGGGCGUGUAG